UCCCUCACCUGCAAAGAGAGAGAGGGAGAAGCACUUUGAGAGAGAAACCACGAAGCAAAGCUUAGGAAUAAUAAGCAUAAAGAAACGAACAAACAUCAACUCACUACUUAUCUCUCUCUCUCUCUCUCUCGUGUCCGUCCCUCCCUCACCCUUCUUGUUGACGGUUUCGUUUUCAUAUUCAUAUUUGCUUUCCUCCUUGCGUUUCUUGAUUGCUAGCGCCUCGUAUCCUCCCCUUCCUUCGCUUUGACUUCCUUUGAUUUGGUCUCUGCACCUAAUCCUUCGCAUGGCUUUUCUGUUUUGAGUCCCGGGUUAGAACGUAAUUUCAGCCCCCUGGAAGAAACAAUGACUUGGAAGAGCAGGGGCGAGCAAUCUUCCAGGAGCGUUGUGUCGCAGAAAUGGGCUCUUUUUCUGUGUCUCGCGAGUUUCUGUGCCGGGAUGCUCUUCACCAACAGGAUGUGGACUAUUCCCGAACCUAAAGGGCUGGCAAGAGCAACAGCUAUGGAGGUAGAAAAAUUGAAUGUGGUUUCUGAGGGUUGUAAUUCGAGAAUUUUGCAAGAGCAGGAAGUGAAGCGUGACACUAAAAACAUAUAUCGGGAAGUUUCCGAGACUCGUAAUGCCAUACAAACUUUGGAUAAAACAAUUUCGAACCUAGAGAUGGAAUUAGCUGCUGCAAGAGCAGCUCAGGAGUCUAUAAGAAAUGGUGCUCCUGUAUCAAAAGAUCUUAAGAGAGCUGAAUCUGAAUCACCUGGUAAGAGAAGGUACCUAAUGGUCAUAGGAAUAAAUACUGCUUUUAGCAGCAGGAAAAGAAGAGACUCAGUUCGUGCGACCUGGAUGCUGCGAGGUGAAAAGAAAAGGAAGCUAGAGGAAGAGAAGGGCAUUGUUGUCCGCUUUGUGAUUGGUCACAGUGCUACCUCGGGGGGUAUACUAGACAGAGCUAUUGAAGCAGAGGACAACAAACAUGGGGAUUUCUUGAGACUGGACCAUGUUGAGGGAUACCUUGAAUUGUCAGCAAAGACGAGGACAUACUUUGCGACUGCUGUUAAAUUAUGGGAUGCUGACUUCUAUGUGAAAGUCGAUGAUGAUGUUCAUGUAAAUAUAGGAACACUAGGAGAAACUCUGGUUAGACACCGGCCAAAACCACGAAUAUACAUUGGUUGCAUGAAAUCUGGCCCCGUCCUUUCUCAAAAAGGGGUAAGGUACCAUGAACCCGAAUACUGGAAAUUUGGUGAGACUGGAAACAAAUACUUCCGUCAUGCCACAGGACAGUUGUAUGCCAUUUCAAAAGAUUUGGCUACAUAUAUAUCAAUUAACCAGCAAGUUCUUCACAAGUACGCUAAUGAGGAUGUCUCACUGGGAGCUUGGUUUAUUGGACUUGAUGUGGAGCAUAUAGAUGAUCGAAGACUUUGCUGUGGCACUCCUCCAGAUUGUGAAUGGAAGGCCCAAGCAGGCAACGUUUGUGUUGCUUCAUUUGAUUGGAGCUGCAGUGGAAUUUGCAGGUCUGCCGAAAGGAUCAAAGAGGUUCAUAGGCGAUGUGGAGAAGGUGAAAAGGCUCUGUGGAAUGCCUCUUUCUAGGAGCCCACGUGGAGUUCUUCCCUAACUCGGGAAGAUUAUUACCACGCCAUGAAUCAUGGCUUCAAUUUUUCCCCCCUUUUCCCCACCUUUAUUUUUGUCAUUAAAAUAUUAUCAUCUUACGAGAGAGAGAGAGAGAGAGAGAGAGGGGGGGGGCGCGUCCCAUGGACAGUCUGAAUUUUAAUAGAGGAGAUUGACCAUGGUAGCGACCAGAAGAGGGAAUUGAUGUAGUCACCACUCACACCACCCAUUCUUUGACGCUUGAGCGGCCACUCCGUAUGUUAAUAGUUGCAAGGCUAAUCAAGCUCCUAAUAAAUAUAGAUAUAUAUUUGGGUGGCUGUAGCUGCCCUUCUGCUUUAGUCUGAUCUUUCUGUUUGUCUACCUAGAAACUCUUCAGAGUUAAUCUUAAUGAUCUCCUUAUUGUA